UGGAAUCAGCUGCUGUGUUGACGGUCUCUGACUUUGAGACGAGCCUUUUAAUUCUGUAAUUGUGGAAGGAACAGUCCGACAGCAUUAGCAGUGUCUGUAAACGAUGACUUCUCAAACAGAGCGUCGGAGUAUCUAUGUGGAUCAGGCUGCACUGCUUUGCAAGAAAUGCCAUGAGUUUUAUGGCAACGCAGCCUGGAGAGAUCUCUGUUCUAAAUGUUGCCGUGAAGAGACCCACCGAGUGCGAGCAAAGCAGAUUGAGGAGGACUUCGCGCUAGCACAGAGGCUUCAAAGAGAAGAAGAGGCAGCUUAUGGAGGUAGUCAACAGGAGGUGCAACCAGAACCCUCCACCACCCAGUUAACCAAGACUGAGGAAAGUAAAAUCAGUCAGAAGUUGCGCAACGUGCCAGCAGUUAAAAAACUCUUGACCCUCGGCAAAGAUGUGAAUGUUCGGGAGACCCAUCCUGCCCCAUCCACCACAAUAAACCAGCAGCCUGUUUUAGGAUCAGAUCAAGCCACGAAGCAGUUCAUUGAGUUCCUAAAGACCCGGCAGAAGCCAGGACAGGACAUUUUUAGGCAGUGUCAUUCCUUCUGUUGCAACAUGGUCUUUAAGAAGGGUCUUGGUGCGGAGGAGCUCUCAGAAUCUGUUCAAGAUUUCUACCAAAGUCUCUCUGAUCGCCUGAACAACCUCUAUAAAGGCAACUCAGAGCAAGUAGAAGCAAUAAUGGAUGAAGUAGAGAAGUACAUAAUGCUGCAGCUGUAUGAACAGAGCUUCUGCCCUGGGUCUGCAGACGAUGGGGUCAAAGACCUGGCCAUUCAGAAGAGAAUCAGGGCUUUACACUGGGUCACUAUUCAGAUGCUGUGCGCUCCACUCAAAGAGGAGAUUCCUGCAGUGUCGGACAGCCUGGACAAGGCGAUUACCGACGUCAUCGAGGUGGACUCCAGACGGGUUCCCAGGGAAAAGCUGAGGUACAUCACCAGGUGCAGCAAGCACAUCUUCGGUGCAAUCAAGCGCAGCAAGAAAGAGGCCGCCUCGGCCGACGACUUCCUACCCGUCCUCAUCUACGUGGUGCUGAAGGCCAACCCACCCCGGCUGCAGUCCAACAUCCAGUACAUAACCCGCUUUUGCAACCCUACCCGCCUGAUGAGUGGCGAGGACGGAUACUACUUUACAAACCUGUGCUGUGCAGUAGCUUUCAUAGAGAAACUAGAUGCUCAGUCUCUGAACCUGACUCCAGAGGAAUUCGAGUUCCACAUGUCCGGCCAGGCGUCCCCCGAUAGGCCGUGUGGACCCGGAGCCUCUUUCACCUCUUCUUCCUCCUCCUCCUCAUCCUGGCCCAGGGGACCCAGAGAGGACAGGAAGGAGAACGACCUCAUCGAGUGGACGGACGGAGUAGAGGGCUCAUCAGUCCAGGAUGUUCUGGAAGGGCUCCAUCUGGACCCCAGCCCAGCACCCUCCUCUGCCAUCGACUCGGAAAACGUGGAGAGUGACGGGUUGCCACCUCCUCUGCAGCCUCACGUGUUCGCCGGGUAGUGGCUGAUUGACUGUUUUAUUAAACCUCCUGUGUGUCGUCUAUGAAUGCAAUCUUUUUAUCUUUCCUGUACAGAGGAAAGGGAUUUGCACACAUGUUUUUUAUUCUGUUACAGUUAAGCUUCAGUACAAGUUUUAAAAGGUAGUCGAUGCUUUGGGUGGAUCCAUAAAAAAUGGGUUUUUAUUUCAUCUUUCAUUCAAGUCCUUGUGAGAAUAAAUUAUUGGUUUUAAUAUUAAUUAAUGGUAAGAAAGCAAAAUCGUUUGCUCUUUGGUUUGGCUCAGCGAUUGUUAUGCAUGCUUGAAACAAUAGAAAAUACAUGCAAAAUUAAAAAAUAUAUAUAUUCUUUUUUGGGAUAUUCUUCAUUGGGAAAAAAACGUGGUUCUGUUUGAAUAGCUUUUAUUAUGCACUUUUAUUCUAUUUUCCUCAAAGAAAUAUUGUUGAAACAACAAGUUCAUACUUUAGUUUAUUCAGACUAGACCACUUUUGUUUUUAUUUAAUGUUUUCUGUGCAAAUAUCAAUCUCAAAUGUACAAACUCCGUUUCAUAAAAAGUUGGGACACUUUCUAAAAAUGCAAUAAAACUUAGUAGCUGAUUUAGUAGCUUGUGUUGUCUUAUAAUUACAUACAAAAUGAAAAUACAUUGUACAUUUGAAGUAAAUGUAUGCACUGGAGGUACACCAUAUGGUCAAAAGUUUGUGGACAAGUCCAAAUGCAGGUAGUUUUUAAUUGUUGGGUGUCUACGUACUUUUAACCGUAUAGUAAAUAUUAAAUACCAGAAGCAAAAGUGGUCGAUAGCUGUUAUCACCGUGUGUGUGUGUGUGUGUGUGUGUUAUUAAGAAGGAAGAUAUUUAUCAGCUCAGAAACGUUGGGGUUUUGCACAAAAAUCUGAAUUGCUAUUUCUGCUUAUAGGUGAUGGAAGGAUUUUCUGUUAUAUAUUCAAAGAUUUAAUAUUAUUUAUUGGACUAUUAAAUUGAUUUUGUUUGAUUGUGAUGCAAUUGUGAUCAUGUUGUUUUGUUUCAGUUCAACCAAGUCGCUCCAGAGCUCUUUGAAGUUGUUGUAUUUAUUUGUGUGAAUGUGAGUGAUAAACGAUAAUUUAUUAAGCAGAGGGAUUAUUUUAGCAUCGCUGAUGUCAUUGUAAAGUGUAAACGUUUUAUCGUAUGUUCAAGAUGCACUGUGAACAAUUCUGUUACAGUCGACACCAGCUCACUCUCACAACCCAAAACCUGCUGUUUUGUAGUAGACAGACACUACAGAUUUAAUGCCAUAUUGGCUUUUUUAUCUGUGUAUAUUUGUUCAUUCCCCCCAUUUUUCCCAGUCUAGUGUGUAUUGCCAACCGCUUUGUUUCACCUUUCAGAAGCGGGUUCACACAGAGAGUCACGCACUGUUCUCCAUUAUUUCCCGUCAUCUGUGCAGACACCAUUGACCAGCAGCGAAUAGGAAUCUCUUCAGCCAUCCUCAUUCAGACAUAGCCAAUCACGUCUGCUUGCCAAUAGCAGAGCUGAGAUUUGAACUUAAGAGCUCGGCAUUGUAUAAAGUUUCACAGGCCGACGUUUUAUGCGAUUAUUUGAUCGUUGCCUCCGAAACAUAUUAACCAGAUUCAUGAGCUAGACAGCAUGAUGGGUAAUUUAUUCAUUCAGAGUAUACUGUUAGUCUCAAAGCCCUGAUAUUCAUUUAUUUAGAAUCUAAGCGUAGUAAAAGUUAGAGGACAUGGCAUGAAAAUAUACUGGUCUGAACAAUUGUUGUCAGAUGUAUGUAUGUAAUGUAUGUAAUAAAUAAAUUGUGCUUGAAAAUA